AUGUCACCAGAUUCAGAAUUGCCAUCCACCCCAAUUGCCAGGAUGGUAGCCGUCAACCUCACUCAAUUCUUGUCCACACUCAUUACAGCAAACCACAUCCUUGAUUACAAUCAAAUCGUCGACGGUCUCGGUCACGUCUCCGUCCGCAACCCAAACAACAAUGCCACGUUCUUCAUGACCGGCGACCCACCUCCAGCCCUUGUCCAAAGCCUGGCAGAUCUCAACGAAUACUACAUCAGUGAUGGCUCUGCAGUCACACCGUCCGCCGAUCAUGCCGCCCAAAGUCCUUACUCUGAACGUUUCAUCCACCAGGGCAUCCUGAAACGCUACCCCAGUCAGAUCAGCGUGGUCCACAGCCAUGACCUUAAAGUCAUUCCUUUCGGCAUAAGUGAGGUUCCUUUCAAGCCUACCUACCACAUGGCUGGUUUCGUUGGUGAAGAAGUUCCCGUCUUUGAUAUCGCCAAUUACUACCUUCCAAACGAUACGCAGAACAUGCUCAUCAGCAGCACCCGUUUCGGCGACGCGCUCGCUGACACGUUUUCCACCCUCGCGAACAAUGUAACCAAGAAUAACACGGAGCCUGAUUACACUCUCGUCCUUCAGCGUGGCCACGGAUUCGCGACUGUGGGUACGAGCAUUGAAGAAUCUGUCUACCGUGCCGUAUACACAGCCUGGAAUGCCGAGACGCAGGCUUCGGCCUUGGAGAUCCAGAAUGCGUAUGGAGCGAGCGCAGAGACAUUGAAGUAUUUGACACCGAGAGAAGCGGCGGAUUGUGUUCCGAUGAAUCAAGGGAGUUAUACAAAAGCUUGGCCAUUGUGGCAGGCGCAGGUGGAGGCGGAUCCGUUGUAUAAAAAUGAUCUUAUAUAG